UGGCUCCAUCCCUACCCAGAUGCAUGCAGAGGAUACUGAGGAGGCUUCACCCCCUUGAAGAUGGCUCCGAUGCUGGCUCUGUUGGUGCUUUGCCAGUUGGCUUUAUACAGAACUGCAACAUCCAAGAAAGUAUGUAGCCGACCUCUUGUCACUGACGGGAUUGAUGAGUUGACCCUAAAACGUGUGUACGAGGUUGGAGAAGAGGUGACCCUCACGUGUGAACAGGGGUACUUGCCUUCAACGGCGACCCCUCGAAGGAUGACCUGCUCCGCCACUGGAGAAUGGACACAGUCAGACUUGAUAUGCUCCCCUAAGAUGUGCCCAAUCCCUAGACCUCUACAGCCAUUAGCCAUGGGGAGAACAGAAGCUCCAUUCAAGAGUGUGCUGAACUACACAUGUGAUGACGGGUACGUCAUGCUAGGAGCCAAUGAGAGCAGGUGUUUACAUAAUGGCACCUGGAGCAAUCCACCACCUGUCUGCAAAGCGGUGAACUGUCCGCUGCCUAAGCCACCUGUAGGUGGAAGAAUUGUCCAUGAUAAGCCAGUUACUGGAAACACCAUCAUGUAUGGGCAAGGCUGGACAUACGAGUGUAACCGACUGAAGGCACCAAGUUAUGAGAGGGGAUCCUGUAUGGCUGAUGGAAGUGCGACUGAGCCACCGGUGUGCCAAGAUGUGAGCUGUGCCGUCCCAACAGGCAUACCAAACGGCUUCAUCACCUUUGCUGUGAUGAGACAACAUGGCUAUAAGGAGAAGGUUAAGUAUGCCUGCAAUGAUCAUUAUGUUCUGGAUGGUGAGGCAGAGAUACAGUGCCAAAACACAGGAAACUGGUCUUCCAAGCCAGUCUGCAGAGCUCCCUGCACGGUUGGCAUCAAAAGAGGCCGUAUCUUCUACAAUGCCAAGAAUAUCUGGAUCGCAGACUUGAAACCCAACAGAGUCCUCCAUGGAGAACAUGUUGCCUUCUAUUGUCUGAACAAAGCUGAGAGGUGUGGCUAUCCUGUGGCUAGCACCUGUAAUGAUGGAACCCUCCCCAUCCCAGAGUGCUUUGAGGAGCCAGGCAAGGUGGAGUACACCUUAAGGGCCAAAACCCUUCCAUCAGAAAUCGCAAUGUGUGUUGCUUCACCCCCUGCAAGCCCCACAAGCUCUGCAAGACCUGCAUAACUCUGCGCAGAAUGACUUGAAACACCAUGUACACUGACAGAAGAUGAAUGACUCUGUAUGCUGCAAGACAGAGGCCACAUAUUGGUCCUUAUCAGCUAAUAAUAAAGUCAUAGUAGUGAUUAUUGCUAAAAUAAUGACAAUACGUUUUCAUUAAGGAAGCAAAAUACUUGUUUGAUACCUGAGAGAGUCAACGGCCUGAAGAAUCUGUAUAGUUUGUAAUCCACCGAUACACAUUUAUUGUGCAUAGAUACCUCAGUAUACAAUCAUAACUGAAGAUCUGUGUGUCAGACAUCCACUCCCGGGAGAUCUGAUAGCAAUUCACACCUUAUUCGUGUGUGAAUCUGAUGUAAAUCUGAUCUCUCUCAUAACUUCUCAAUGUGAUAUCAUGGUGUGAACAACCCACAGAGGUGCUUAGACUCCCCAUUAGCCAGUAUCAUAACUGAAGUGAUGAGUACUGAAAUGCCUUCAAGACAACCGCACAAAAUCACACAAAGGGUGAGACCAUGAAAUGAUCAUACUUGCAUAGCUUCAACUUUUUGUCUUUGACCAAUAAAGUUUGCAUACUUGUAGCGUC